GAAUUAACAUGGAAGCCUGUGUCACCACGGUAGAUUCGCGUGUAGGUAAAUGUCGAUAACAAUUGCAUCAGCGGCCUUUGGGCAGAGGACAAAGUAUGUGUUAAUGUCAGUGAGAAUAUGUAACCAAAUACACAAGCUCAAGCCUAGGAUACCUUCCUCUUAUUAUUCAAGAGACACAGUAUUUGCGGGUUCCAUUGCAGCGAGAAAAGUACAUACGUGUUUAUCCCUCCAGAAGAGCAAGAGCUCACGCAACGCCAACUCAAAUAGCAAGGUUUACGAAUUGCUGAAGACAAUGCCAAAGAAGAUUGAUGUGAAAGAGUUGCAAGAACUACGUCUUGCACGACGAAAGAAGGUACGGAAGUAUCCACCUUCUACAGUAUAUCUGCAAGUUUUAGGAUCUGGUGCUCCAGGUGCUCCCAAGUCUCUCUAUGUCUUCACAGAGCAAGCAAGGUAUUUGUUUAACUGUGGUGAAGGAUCCCAGAGACUUGCCUAUGAACACAGAGUAAAACUGAGUAUGAUGGAGCACAUUUUAAUCACACACAAGUCUUGGAGUAAUGUUGGUGGGCUGCCAGGAAUCCUCCUGACACUUCAAGACACUGGAGUUCCAGAGAUCUCUCUUCAUGGACCUCCAGGCAUUGAAUCCUUAUACUAUGAUACCCGUCAUUUUAUAAGGUUCAGGGACCUGAAUAUCAAAUACAAGCAUUAUAAAGAAGGUGAUGGGGUGAUUGGGGAAUCCAAUGAUCCCCUAAACAUCCAGGCAGUUCCCAUCUGGGCCAAGAAGGACGAGUCUUCAGCUGAGAAGAGUGAAGAAACUACAGACGAAAUCACAAAUGAGAGAGAGGAUGCAGUGGAAGAUCUUUAUGCACAUGAAAAACCAUUGAUGAAAAAGCGUCAGUUUGUAAAUGCAAAUACAAACCCUGCAAGGAGAAGACAAAAUCAAGAGGAGAGCAAACUUUGUAAAGAUCUUUCCAUAGCUUAUGUGUGCAGACCACCACCCAAGGCUGGUGCACUUUUACUAGAGAAAUGUGUUAAAGCAGGAAUAACUCCAGGGCCCCUACUUGGAGAACUAAAGAGAGGCAAGGAUGUCACUCUAGAAGAUGGGAGGGUUGUAUUUGCUGCUGAUGUCACUGCUCCUGAUGACCCUGGCCCAAUCUUCAUUGUUAUUGAGAUACCAACAGAGGCUUACCUUGAUUCCCUACUUGAAUGUCCAACAUUUAUGCAGUACCAACCCAGUGAAGCAUCUGACAGUGAUUUGGCAGAAGUUGUUGUACAUUUCACACCCUCGCACGUCAUGGCCAAUCCACGCUACCAAGAGUGGAUGUCAAGAUUUUCUCCAUCAACAAACCACAUUAUUGCAAAUGAUGCUAGCUCCUGUAUGGGAUCAGAAGCUGUACACAGGCUCCAGUAUAAACUAAAUCACCUUAGUGAAGAUCUUUUUCCUCUCUUGCAAGACAAAAGUAUCCCCAUUACAGAGGAAGAUCAGCAAGAAUCAAAUGAUGACAACAUGACAGAAAAUGUUUUUUCCAAUGAUGAAAAAUCUUCAGAAAAGGAGAAUGUUGAGUCUAAUUCCUUACCUAAACACAUAGUAGGUCCAACUCAUCAAGCACAUACUCUUCUUAUGUACCACAUCAGACCAAAGAAGAAAAUAGACAGGUCAAAUCGUCUUAUGCUGAAACCUCAAACAUACGUCAAAGAAUGUUAUGAAGAAGAGAAAUUUGAGCCAGCCCUGCUCAGUGCAAAAGCAAAACUAGAAUCAACAAAUCUGGAAGAACAUCAAGAAAAGUCUACAAAUCAGAAUUAUCCCGAUGUGAUAUUCUUAGGAACAGGAUCUUGUAUACCAAACAAAACACGAAAUACCUCUGGUUUAUUGGUUAAUAUAAGUGCUAAUAAGACUCUGUUAAUGGACUGUGGUGAGGGCACAUAUGGGCAGCUUGUAAGGUUGCUUGGACUAGACGAAGCAGAUCAAGCCCUUCGGAAUCUUGCAGCUGUGUAUGUUAGCCACUUACAUGCAGACCAUCAUAUUGGUUUCAUCAAUAUUCUCCUUGGUAGAAGAAAGGCUUUUCAACGUGCAGGAAUAACUAAAAUUCCCAAGCUGCCUCUCCUAGCACCUCAGAAAAUAUUGGCAUAUCUCAUUUCAUACCAUGCUAACUUUGAACCAGUACUCCAAGACUUUUCUUUAAUUGCAAAUCAUAAUUUUUUAGCACAAAACUUUACAUUGGAAAAAGACCGUUAUGAGGAACUAUGUUCACAACUAGACAUGAAGAAAAUAGAUAUGACAUAUGUGAUUCACUGCCCCAACUCAUUUGGAGUGGCAUGGACUCAUGUUGAUGGAUGGAAGCUUGUGUAUUCAGGUGACACUAUGCCGUGCUCUGGUCUGGUUGAGAUAGGUCAGAAUUGCAACUUGCUGAUACAUGAGGCAACCAUGGAGGAUGAACUUGAAGACGAUGCAAGGAUAAAGACACACUCAACCACUUCACAAGCCAUUCAGGUUGGGCGAGACAUGAAUGCUGAGAACAUUUUGCUCACUCAUUUUUCACAGCGUUAUGCCAAAGUGCCUCUUUUUGAAGAUGAUCUCCCAGAGAAAGUAGGAAUUGCAUUUGACAACAUGAGAGUUGCUUUCAAGAACCUACCAAAACUCCGUCACUUGUAUGGGGCACUCGUAGCUAUGUUUUCCGAUGAUUAUGAUGAGAUGCUGGAGAAGACAGCUAAGAAGAGAGCAGCGAGAGAAAACUUGCGGUUGCAGCUUGAGGAGUUCAGCAAUAAAGAGGAAAUUCAGGGGAACAAGCGUGUUAAGCAGGACCAGAGUAUUGUAUUAUGAGGGAGUUUUUCCUGUAGGUGACCUUUUUUAUUUUUAUCAUUAUUACCUAUGAUGUAGUAAUGUAGCAGUCAGUGAGAAAAUAUGCUUUAGUCAGGUUUUAUAAGGAAUAGUUUUUAUGAACAAAAUGGCUUUUGUGCUUAUUUGUUUUGAAUGAAGGAAAGCAAGUUAUCCACAGAUUAGAGGUGAUUAAAGAUCUAACUACCUGUGAGAUUAUAAUUUACAUAUGUAAGGAGCAGCAGAAGGAUAAAAUCAAUACUUUGAUCUUUAUAUUUGACAGACAUUAUGUCCCUGAUGAUUCUCAUUUUUUCCUCCAGUACACACAAAUAUACAUGGAUCUGCUUUUAUCCCGAUAUGGAUCUUUCUUUCAAUAAAGGGUGAACAUUUUGAUCCAAUUUUUUACUUGAUGAAAAUAAGAAUAUGUAUUGGGUGUUACAUCAUACUUUUAAGUUUAGUGCUAAUGGACCAUAACAUACAUAUUUUAUGAAAGACAAGGAUAUAUAUUCUAAAUAUGAAAGAAUAACAGAAGUGCCAAGAGUUUAAAGAAGUAUGAUGUCUUGCUUUUUGUGCAUAUAUCUGUUUAACAUAAACAAAUGACUGUGAUUUUCACUGAAGCCUUAAUACUCAGUGUAAGGUUCCUACUGACAUUAACUCUUAAAUGAACCUUAUAUCUGUACUGCUGGGAGAAUUAUAUACUCGUGUUGUGGACAGCUUUCUGUGUUCUUUGCAUGACAUAAUGGAAAGAUAUAUUACUUAUUUUCAGUUACAUUCUUUUAUGGACCAUAUUGAAUCUGUUGAAAUCUUUUGUUGGAGAAAUAUAUAUGUAUUGUUUGCAA